AUGGCUGCAGAAAAUCACUCUAUAGUGACAGAGUUCAUCCUUGGAGGAUUAACUAACAGGCCAGAGUUCCAGAUGCCCCUCUUCCUCCUCUUCCUGGGGAUCUACAUGGUCACCAUGGUGGGGAACCUGGGCAUGAUCACCCUGAUAUGUCUCAACAAGCAGCUUCACACACCCAUGUAUUAUUUCCUCAGCAACUUGUCACUUGUGGACUUCUGUUACUCUUCUGUCAUCACACCGAAUAUGCUGGUCAGCUUCGUAUCCCAGAAGAAUGUCAUCUCCUAUGUGGGGUGCAUGUGUCAGCUCUACUUCUUCCUUAUUUUUGUCAUUGCUGAGUGUUACAUGCUCACAGUGAUGGCCUAUGACAGAUAUGUGGCCAUCUGCCACCCUUUACUUUAUCAUAGUAUCAUGUCUCAUGCUCUCUGCUCCCUUCUGGUGACUCUGGUCUAUGUCAUAGGAUUCAUUGGCUCUGCAAUAGAGACGGGUGUCAUGUUAUCAUUGAGCUAUUGCAAGCACCUCAUCAGUCACUACUUCUGUGACAUUGUCCCUCUCAUGAAACUCUCCUGUUUCAGCACAUAUGAUGCAGAGAUGGCAAUCUUCUUCUUUGCUGGAUUUGACAUUGUACUCACCAGUUUAAUUGUCCUUGUUUCCUAUGCCUUCAUCCUGUCCAGUACUCUUCGCAUCAGAUCUACCGAGGGCAGGUCCAAAGCCUUCAGCACCUGCAGCUCCCAUCUUGUAGCUGUGGGAUUGUUCUAUGGAUCCUCUACAUUUGUGUACUUAAAACCCUCCACGGCCAGUUCCCUGGCCCAGGAGAAUGUGGCUUCUGUGUUCUACACCACAGUGAUCCCCAUGCUCAACCCCUUGAUCUACAGCCUGAGGAACAAAGAAGUAAAGGUGGCCCUGCAGAGAACACUGAGAAGAAAACUCCUUUGA